GUCGUAAAACGGCGGCUGUCGCUUUGCGGCUCUCGCUGAGGACUGGGCUGGCCCCGGGUUAGCUCAGAGUUUAUUGGCGCGGGGCCGCAGCGGAGGCGGUUUGAGCGGCGCGGCCGGAGCGGGAGGAUGCUUCCUUUAUCCCUGUUGAAGACUGCACAGAACCACCCUAUGUUGGUGGAAUUGAAAAAUGGUGAAACGUACAACGGUCACCUAGUGAGUUGUGAUAACUGGAUGAAUAUCAACCUAAGAGAAGUCAUCUGCACAUCAAGGGACGGAGACAAAUUCUGGAGAAUGCCAGAGUGUUACAUUCGCGGCAGCACAAUUAAAUAUUUGCGUAUCCCAGAUGAAAUUAUUGACAUGGUGAAGGAGGAGGUGGUGUCAAAGGGCAGAGGUCGUGGUGGCAUGCAGCAGCAGAAACAACAGAAAGGCCGAGGAGGUGGCGGUGCCGGGCGAGGAGUGUUUGGUGGUCGUGGCCGAGGGAUACCAGGGAGUGGAAGAGGGCAGCAGGAAAAGAAGCCUGGCAGACAAUCUGCAAAGCAAUGAGACUCUGUACCUUUGCCAGAGACAGUGUUGGGAGGCUGUCUGGCUUUGUCACCUCUGAAUUGCCGUGUGUAUAAAGGUGUUAGAUUUCUAAACUUCAAUUAAUCAAGCUAAACAAACUCUGAAUCAUCAUGCACCUUGUCAGCCCCUCACAUCCUAGUCUGCUGGUAAAGCUAGGGUAAUUGCUGUCAAUUUUUUAGCCAGUAAAUCCAUAAAUUGGAAAGAUUUGGAUUCUCUUUUCAGUUUGGUAAAGGAGGUGACUUCAGAGACUCUCUCCUGAGAAGAGUUACAUUCUGUUUAAUUCUUCAGGUUCACUAUAUUUUUAAUACACACGAAAAUGUUGUCCCUUAUAUGUUUUAAGAAGUUGUGUAAACAUUUUGAGGACAGUUUGGUUUUGUUCUUUGUUUUAUACUUGAAACCAGAUUUGGGAUGUUUUUUACAUCUGUAGCAUACACAAAACAUUUUAGUUAGAAAAACUAAAAUUGAGGACAUUGUAUCUUUGCUUAAGAGGUGUCUCAAAGAUUCAUUUUUUUUUAAACGCCUUUUUUAACUAGCCCUCUGUUUCUGAUGAAGCAGUUGUGUAUCUCUCUACCAUGCCUUGGACCAUAGGCCAAGGGGAAAACACUCUUGGGUUGUGUGAUUUAAAAACUGAAAAUAAUAAACCUACUACUACAGGUUCUCAAAUCACA